AGGCUCAGGGGGAGGACCGGCCACAGAGGACCGGUGAGCACCGUAGAGUUUCCCUCUGCAGACGAUGCAGCUCCACGGUGUGCACGCGCUCGACAGCAGCUUAAAAAAAGGGCGAAGCUAACUCCUUGGGGCAGAGUCACCGGCCGACGCCGCCUGACUGUAACGACACAGCGGCUUUACAUCUCCGUGUUCAUUCAGAUUUCUUUAUUUUAUCAUUAUUAUUAAUACUAUUUUCUUCUUCACGUGUUGACUCAGUCGCUCUUGCUUUAUGUUUUCGGAUCGGGAGGCGCGUUCACAUAAGGAGACGAGUACCGCUGGACACCCUGUUAAAACUGACCUGUUCUUGCUAUGAGCCAAGAAUCUGCUCUUCCUCAGAUGGACCCUGGCACAUUAUCAACAGUCUUCUCUCAGAAGACAUAAAUUCCAAGAAUGCUCUCAAGACUGAUUAUAGCAAAACUUUACCUCCCACCACUUCGCUCCAAUCUAUUCCGAGACAACACCUCUGCUUCCUACCUCCCAGAGAAAAAGAAAAGGAAGAGCCAACAGCUUUAUCAUCUGUUAUCAGUUCCUCCUUUUCGUCUCUAGAUGCAACCUUUCUCCAUUUUACCUCAGGGAUUCCUUCUCACCGCCUACCUCCUUGACCAAAACAGCUAACCCAGAGAUACAGAGCAAGAACACAUCUGGGCCUCUCUCUCUCAUUACUAUGGCAACCUGUGGUACUAUUCAGGCUCUCCUCACUGAUAACCAGCAAUAACCUUGGACCUCAAAUGACCUACCAGCGCUAACCUGCUUACUUACUAAAUUGAACUGAUCCACAUAAUCCUGGAGCAGAAUGUUUUCACUUGAAGGAAGAAGGCAGCUGCACACUUGACUACAGCUUCACUCCUCCACAUAUUGUAACUGGUAGAUCAAUAUAUACCUCACUUAUAACAGCUUCUGGAAGAACACUUAUAGCAACGACCCUCAUCUUGGUGCUCUAAACCUUUCCGGCAGGUAACACAUGCUCACUAGCCUGGUGCUAAAAACCGACCCAGCCGAUUAUUUCCAUUUGCCUUAGGCGCAACGAUAAUAGCAAGAGUACCUAGGUAGGCCUCCAGACAAGCAAAGACACAUCAUACACAAACCUUAUAAAUCUAAGCAGCAUCUUGUGAAGCUUUGAGAGAUCAUGUGAGGCCCCACCGGCCUUGACAUUACUCUUCACCACAUGAAGCAUUCUUAAAAGUAAAGUUAUCCAAGGAGCAGUAAGGACAUAAGAACUGAAAAUUUUCAGUUGCUGAACAUUAUGCACCCUGAAAAGUCAAGAGAAUAAACACAGAUUUGUGUGGUGUGACACAGAAGAAUAAACGGGGAGAAAAAACAACAGCAGGGGAAGAAGAAUGAAAUGUUUCCUGCCCCACCUGUCAUGCUUCUGUCAGCCAGUCAGUACCAUCUGUUGCCAUUGGCUGACUGCUGAAGGGGCAGCCAGUGAACGCUGAGCAGGCUGACAGGUCUGAUGUACGCCUCCUUGUCCUGUGAUUGGCCGCUGGAUGAGACUGUGGCUGAAUGGAGCCAACAUUUAACAAGCAGGACAGCAGCUCAUCAGACAGAGAUGAGAAAGGGUGGCCGGAUGUGCCGAAGAGGAAGAGGAAGAACAGCCAGUGUUCAGCAAAGAGCAUGUCUGCUCUUAGCAUCUCUGUUCCAGGGUACAUCCCCAGCUACCUGGAGAAGGACGAGCCAUGUGUGGUGUGUGGGGACAAGGCCACAGGGUACCACUACCGCUGCAUCACCUGUGAAGGUUGCAAGGGUUUCUUCCGCAGGACCAUCCAGAAAAACCUCCAUCCCUCGUAUUCCUGUAAAUAUGAAGGCUGCUGCAUCAUUGACAAGAUCACCCGCAACCAGUGCCAACUGUGCCGAUUUAAGAAGUGCAUUGCUGUGGGCAUGGCGAUGGACUUGGUGUUGGAUGACAGCAAACGCGUAGCCAAGCGGCGCCUAAUCGAGGAGAACCGAGAACGGCGGAAGAGAGAGGAGAUGGUGCGGACGCUUCAGACAAGGCCGGAGCCGGACACAGCGGAGUGGGAGCUGAUCAGGAUGGUGACCGAGGCCCACCGACACACCAACGCCCAGGGGUCCAGCUGGAAACAGAAGCGCAAGUUCCUGCCAGAUGACAUAGGCCAGGGUCCGAUGGCACCCAGCUCAGAUGGAGAUAAGGUCGAUCUGGAGGCCUUCAGCGAGUUUACCAAGAUCGUGACUCCGGCCAUUACUCGUGUUGUUGACUUUGCCAAGAAAUUGCCCAUGUUUUCAGAGCUGCCUUGUGAAGACCAGAUCAUCUUGCUGAAGGGCUGCUGCAUGGAGAUCAUGUCACUCCGCGCCGCUGUACGCUACGAUCCCGAAAGCGAGACACUAACACUAAAUGGCGAGAUGGCUGUGAAACGUGAGCAGCUGAAAAAUGGCGGACUGGGGGUAGUGUCAGACGCCAUCUUUGAUUUGGGCAAGAGCCUGGCGCAGUUCAACCUGGAUGACUCUGAGGUGGCGCUGAUGCAGGCUGUUCUGCUGAUGAGUUCAGACCGUUCAGGGUUGACCAGUGUGGAGAAGAUCGAGCAGUGUCAAGAGGCCUACCUGCUGGCGUUUGAGCAUUACAUCAACUACCGUAAGCACAACAUUCCCCAUUUCUGGCCCAAGCUCCUGAUGAAGGUGACUGACCUUCGCAUGAUCGGAGCCUGCCACGCUAGCCGCUUCCUCCACAUGAAGGUUGAGUGUCCCAAUGAACUCUUCCCCCCCCUCUUCCUGGAGGUCUUCGAGGAUCAGGAUGUUUGACUUUGUGCUGCCCGUUAAAAGUGUACAUUUAUGGCCGUUUCACCUGAAGAAUUGUGGUUUCAGGACAAAAGAAAAGGAAUAACUGAAUUUUGUUUUCAUCGGUGAGAACGUGCCCUGUAAACUUUUUUUGUUUGUUUGAUUGUUUUUGCCCUCCGCAAACCUGAAUUGGACUAAGCGGUAUAGAAGAUGGAUGGAUGGAUGGAUGAAUGGAUGGAUGGAUGGAUGGAUGGAUGGAUGGAUGUUUUUGCCCUAUUUUUUUUGUCCAACACUCACAGAACCCACCGUCUGCCACCAGCAACCACACAUCAAUAUUGUGAAACAGAAAACAUGGAGCAGUUCAGUUACUUUUCAGAGGUUACACACAGUUACAGCUGUUUAUUGAAAUGCUAACAGAUUUAAACUUCACUGCAUUACAGAUACAGCACAUCUAUUCACAGACAUGAACUGGUUCUGCAUAGAUAGCAGUACCAUUUCUAUAUCUAAUGCAAACCGAGGGGUUUUGUUUUGUCUCUGCUAGCUGCACACCCACCUGUAACCUCAGUCCAGCAUUUCCUGUUAGCUCCUACAUUAACUUCUCGGAAAAUCCUGACCACAAUCCUCCAAGCUCCCUUGUGUUUGCAACCCUUGAACUACAUCCACCAAGACCCUGUGAGUGUUUGUCUGCCUACCUCCCUAACACAUGUUCACACAUCACUCACAAACAGAAUGUACAUGGACAAAUCAUACUCCUGCACAAUUACCUCAUUCCUUGUAAAAUGUCUUUUCAUAUUUAUUUUUGUGGUGGUUUUAGUCCAGUUGGAAAAAGUGGAGCUGUGCAGCCCUCAGCUACAAUUUAAAUGAUGCACACAAAUAUAAUUUAUAUAAAAAUGCAUUGUCAAAGUUAAAUCAUAGGACAUUAUAGGAGUUAUUAGCAUGCAUUAAAGUUGCAAGAUGACAUGGUGCAUUCUGUAAUACUAAAUAGAAAGUGGCUGAAGCAUUUUAGUCUGCUUGAAAAAAACACAAUACAUAUUGAUAUUUUUGUAAAAAUACAUAUGCCAGCUUGCUUAACACAAAAGUAUGCUUCAGUACUGUUAAAAGAAAAGAAGAAAAAAAAAGUACUCAUUUACUUUACAAGUUUGGUUAGGCGUUCCGUACUGGAUCAAGCUACACAGCAAGUGGUAAGCUUAGCCUAACAUAGAAACUGGAAGCGCGGGAAUACAUCCAAAGAGUAAAUACCUUUUGUGUUUUCAUGGAGGUUGAAUUCCAGACUAUUGUCAGCAAAAAAUUAUGUGGUUUUCUUUAGGCAGAGCCAGACAAUUGCUUUCUUGUUAUGAAAUUUAUGCUAACAUCUUCUGAAUAUCACCCUUUUUUUAAACAAAUCUGAAAAUCUUCUCACUAAACCUAAAGAAAGUUAAAGCAUUAAUUUAUAAAACAGUAAAAUUGUUCCAACAUUUGUCAUUUUUUUCAUCUCUAGCCUUUGCGGCAGCUGCUUUUUACCAAUUAUUUUAUUUGUAAGCUUAACGCCAGGGACCAAUUUAGUGACUAGCAAGUGAACUAAGUGAAACAUUUAAUAGCAAAUACCAUUUUUACACCAAAAAUAGUAUUUACUCACAAAAAUUUUCACAUAUCUUCCAAAUUGUAGGUAGUAGCAUGUUUACUGUGAGUGCUGUGAAGGUUACACCAUGGACAGGUCUGGAGUUACUGUAUGUCCAGUCUGUUAGCAAACAUGAUAUGAAAGCACAGCAUUACACUUUAUCCUGCAGGCUAUAGUGAGCCAUCCUUUCUCUAAUCACAGGUUUAUUACUUUUGACUGGACUGCUAACCUUAGCCAACACAACUGAACUGAGAGUGAUAAACUGUCUUGUAGACAAGUAGAAUUAAUCAGUCUUGUCUCUUUUUUUUUUUCUUUUUUUGUGUUGCUGUAAGUUUUAUAGUCUCAAAAUGAGACGUUACGGUCUAAAAUGAGAAGAAGUGAGUUUUGCCCAUUGUUGCAACCCUGCUCAAAAUGUCUUUGAAGGCAUCCGAUAAAUACUGUUAACUACUGCAGAGGAAUUUGACAUGGGAUUGGAUGCCAAUUUAACAUUACCAGUCUAGUAAAAAGCUAGAUGUUAGCAGGUGCUAGCUAAAACUAAAUUACGUUAGCAAGGGCUAUUACUGAACUAGGCUAAAAGAGAAACCAACAAACUAAACAUAGCUAAAGAGACUAAAUUUAGGUAAAAAAAAAAAAAAGCUACUUGAUUAGUCAAUAUUGCUAGAAAAGUAGUUAAAUAAAUAAAAUUAGCCAAGUUGUUUGCUACUGUCUCAAGUUUAGUUAGCAUUGUGUUAGCUAGCUUUUGCCAGCCUAAAGUUGUCAUUUUAGGUUACUGCUAUAACUUUAUUAUAUUAGUUUAUCCUACCAUGCUUACAGUAAAAAGCAAGAUAGGCAUUAUGAUUUGCAACAUUUUACUCAUUUAAUAUGUUUACAGAAAGCACUUUUAAAAAAAUAUUCAACAUCUUCUAAAGAAUCUGUCUUAUACCAUCUUUAGCCUACACAGGAUUUUUGCUUAUUUAGAUAAAUAGAUAGAAUACCUCUUAUAAAUACAUACAACUCACACCCAUUCAGUUUUCUGAUGUAUGGUUGUGAUAACCAUCUCCUCCUCCUUGUAAAUAAGCACUAAACUGCACACAAUACCUGCCUCAGUGUACGUUCUCUCCUGUCUUGUUUGUUUCUCAGUAGUUUCCUCCUCCAAAGCCCACGCCUCCUUUUGACUGGUUCAGCACCAGCACAUGGCGUUAGUGGGGAGGAUUGUGUCUCUUACCUCUUCAGGCCAUUCCCUGUUUUCUGCUACCCGCCUGAAACCAACAGAUUCUACCUCACCCCUCUACCAGCCCCUCUUUCUGCAUCACAAACACCUUUUGUUCACCCAGAUAUACAAAUAUAUAUUAAUACAUACACACAAUGCACGAAGGAAUGAGCAGCAUGGACCCUCUAAGUAUGUUGCUCCACCAGCUCUUCAACAUAGGUCUACUAAACAACUGACAGCUGUUAUGGCAGACUCGAAUUUCCCUCAUUGUUCACUUUUAUCAAACACCACUUGAGACCAACAAUCACUUUGAAAUGUGUUUUUUAAUUUUGAAGCUGAAUUGACGGCGAAGGCGGAGGGUGAACUAAUGCAAGAACACUGUCAGGGGACAAUGACAGCUGGAAGCUGGGAGGACAGCUGAAGCCAUUUUGGCCCUAUUGGGUCAGGACACUUGUGGGUGGUGAGUGGGACGUAAAUAAACGUGAGUCAGAAAUAUUCGCCUGUGGAUGUCCUUUUACCCAGCUGAGGUAAGGCAGAAACAGUCAGGCUGUGGUGAUGGGACUCAGGACAUUUCGCUGGCAAUCGCCAAGUAAAAAUGGAACCUUCCCGAUUCUUACUUCACCAUCGCAGCAGAAAUGGACAAGCCACUGAGAAGGCUUUCCGUGCGACUAUACUAUCCCAGAAACUUGCAGUAUGAAAUACUGUCUGCUGAAAAGAUCUCCACCGACCACAUCCCUAGUUGCCAUCCACUGAAAGAUUAUCAGGUUUUUUCUUUGCACUAAAACCACAAUGUCUGUAUCCCUUAGCAGAUCCCUUUUCUCAACCUUCUGCUGUCCAUCAUCUCCUCUUUUACUUACCCAUAAAAACCAAGUUUAAGGACUAUGUCAUGGCCUUCAAGCCUCUCUCAGUGUAACUAAUCCAAGUUGCAUGUAAAUAAAACGUGCAGCCUUUACAGGGAUACACACACACACACACACACACUGCAAUAGGAUGAUCGAGCUGUACUAGUUUACACCCACCAAAUUUGCUCUGCUCAAUAUCACUGUGAAUAAAAGCCCAGACGAACCAGAUCAUGGCUCAGACAGGGAACCGCAUACUUAUUGAUUUAAACAUAUUGAUGUGCCUCACAGAGGUCUAUAACACAAAUAUGCACAAUGCAGUAUAUAGAUAUGUAAAUAUACUUUAUAAAUGUUAAAUUUCUUGUGCAGUUACAUGGUAGAAAGUACAUCCUCUUGUUAUUCCUUUUACCAAUCAGAGCAUGAUUGAAAUUGUCUGGCCUUUACCAGGUCUAAACAUGAAGUAAAUACAAUGUCAGAUGAACAACAUACUACACGUUGUCAUUUCUAAUUUAACCUAAAACAAGCCAAAAUGCAGACACUUGUGUCUGGGAUAGGUUUUAAGUCCAUUUUCAAAUCAUUCAAGAUCUAUUCAGACUGUAAAAACCCAAGAGCCAUAUCUCAGACUUUCCAGGCCUCAUUAUACAUGUUAAAGGUCCCAUAUUAUACAUUUUUUCAACAAUUCCAAACUGCAUUAUCCCAAAUUCAGCUUUGGUCCUUAAAUUCAUCCAGUUUCAAACGGGUCUCUAGUGGGCUCUAAUGAGAAUGGGUCGUUUCUGUGUCCUAACCUUUAAAUG